AUGAACACUUAGGAAUAACAUAACCAUAUAAAUAAUGAAAAUGAAAUAGCAAAUGAUUCAAAACAAGCUACAAACAAGAAGACUCUUAAGCAGUAGAAACUAAACUUUAAGUAAGAACUCAAAAAGCCCAUAGAUGGAAAACUAUAGUUUGGUGAUAAGUCUAUAUGUCGACUAUGCAAAGUUUCCACAAUGUCUACACUUACUAUUAUUUGCAUUCGAUGUCAUUUCAAAUACCAUUAAGAAUGUAUACGCACAUAAAACUAAGAGCCAUAAAUUUAGGAUGGUAAAAAAUGGCAUUGUUUGUCUUGCCUAGAUAGAAUAGAGAAAAUAAAAUUUAAGGAAUAAACACCUUAAAAAAAGAAACAGUACAAUUAAAUACAAGAUUUCUUUUAAAAAACAGUUCAACCAUAAGAAGACAGAAUAAAAAAGCUUAAUGAAUUUUAGAUGCUUUAUCCUACUUAUAUAUAAUAAGGUAGAGUAUCCUUUCCUAUAUUGGAUGAAUAUUUGACAGCAUACCAAGGAUUAUUCAAUAUUGAACUCAAAAAGAAGCCCGCCCUUCGAGUAGAUCCAAUAAUUCCUUAAGAAAUAUUUGAAGAUAUACUAAAAAUUUGGGAUACUUACAAUAAUAUGAACAAAAUUAUAAGUGACAUUCUUCAAGAAUAAUAAAUAGAAGGUAUAUUUUUAAUCAAUAUUGAUUUUAGCUUAAUAAUAAUCGAACAAUAUUGGAACUUUGAUUCACUUUCAAGAUAAUCUUAUAUUAUAUAGUCAAAAAUCGAGAGUAGAAAUCUAUUAAACUUUGUAGCAUAAUCCUCAAGAACUAAUCUUGUUUUUUUGCUAUUUCUAUUUAAAAUAAAUUAUUGAAGAUUUAGAUAUAGAAUAAAUGUAAAAAUAAUAAUAUGUAUUAUAUAUAUUUCAUAUAGAAAAUACCUUAUUGGCAACUCAUGGGAUACAUGUGGUAUACAAAUAGAUAGAGGUAUUAUUAAUUGAUAAGAGAUGAUGUAAAAUCAUUACCAAAAAAUAUUUCUAAAUAAGGUAUUUUAUAAAUUCCAGAUGAUUUAAUUGAUUAUGUUGAUUAUUCAAAUAUUAGUAAAUUGGCAAAACUUGUAAUUACUUUGGCUGAUGGAGUAGAAUCUUUAAAGAGAACUUAGUUUCUCUACUAAUAAAGAAUUGAAAAUAUACUCUCAAAUAAUAAAAUAAAAACUUAGUUGGGAAUGUAAAUCAAAGAAUAAAGAAGUAAAUAAGUUGAAAUAAAUAAUGAAAUUACUGAAUCUGAUAGUCAUUUUUAAGUGGCGAAAGUAAAAUUUAUUUUUAAUGUAAUUUAGUCAAAAUUAUUGGAAGAAGGAUUAAGUCGUACAGAAACAUAACAAUUUAGUAAAUAAAUGGAAAGUGCAUAAAAGCAAACCUAAAAAUUAUAAUAAUAAUUUUAAAAAUUAGAAAAAGAAAUUAAGAAUUUAACAGAAAGAUUCAAAUAAUAAGAAAAGGUAUAAUAAUAUUAAUUAAUAUAAGGAAUUGGCUAUAAUAUAAAUUACAUCUUUAGUAUUAAAUCCUUCGGUUUUCUUAGGAUAUGAUAAUAAGAAUAGUUAAUAUUAUUUCUUCCUUUGGGAAACAGAUAAAAUCUUUGUCUGUUAGAAGCAUUCAAUAAUUGAUGAUGAAAUUUCUUAAUGGGGUUAUUAUGAUCUUACAGAUGUUAAUGUAUUAAUGGAAAUCCUUUGUUAAAAGGGAGUUAGAGAAAAUUAAUUAAGAAAUAAUAUAUUAGAAUUAUAAAGAUAGAAAUUGUUGAUAGUAAAUUAAGAAGAGGAAUAGAAAGAAUUAAAAGUGAAUGACUAAAAUAAUGAUAUAGAUAUUGAAUAAAAUCAAAUUAGUAGUACAAAAGAUUAGAAAAUCAAUAGUUUAGAGAAUUUAGAUAUUGAUAUGUUAUUAUAGGAAUUUAUAAAUAUUGAAAAUAUGUUGACUGAUUAUUUAAAUCAAAGAAAUUCAAGAUGGUGUAGUAGUGAAAUUAGAAAUGUAUUUUUAAUUAGUUUCUAAAAUGUAAUUUAAAAAAAAUUGGAUAAGAAUUAUGAUGAAUAGGAUCUUGCUCCUUUUUGUAAAGCAAUCGAAUUUUUUGUUGAUAAUACUAUGAUAUAAGAAAAAUUAGAAUUAAGACCUGAAGAAGAAAUUUAUGAAAAUGAGAAACUAUAAUAAUUUAAUGAUGAAGAAGAAUCUUAUUAGUAAUAGUUUAGAAAAAGGAAAGUUAUUGAUGAUGAUUCUUCUGCUGAAUAGCUAUUAUAAACAGCAGUUUAAUAAUUAGAAUAAUUAGAUAUAGGAAAAGUGAAAGUUAGAAAAUUGCCAAUGAAAUUAUUCGGCACAUAUUAUGAAAAUUUGAGAUUGAAUUUAAUAGAAUAAUUAAAAUAAGAUUGUAAUCUAGUUAAAUUGAAGAUAUGUUUAGAAGUUCUUGGUUAAAUAGUUUAAGAUUACAUAAAUAGAAAAAUUACACAAUAAAUAGUGACACAUAUACCUGAUAAAAAAAAAGUAGAAGAAUUGAAUAUCAAUAAAUAAACCCAAAUAGAACAUGUAUAAGAAUCAGAAAUUAAAGUUGAAAGUUCAAGAUAAAGUUAAAAAUAAAGAAUAAAGUCUAAAUCAUAGUCAAAUCAUAUUGAGAAUAAAUGGGAAGAUAAAUGUAAGUUAUGUGGAUAAGGAGGUAAACUUAUUUGUUGUGAUACUUGUCCUAAAGUAUUUCACACUAAGUGUUUAGGACUUAAAGAAGUACCAAAAGGAAAGUGGAAUUGUUUAGUUUGUUUAAGUAAUUUUGAGAGAUAAGUCAAAACUAGAGCAACUAUUAUAAAAUUAGUAAAUUAAUGAACCAUCAUUUUUUAUAUUAAAAAUAAUGAUUUGUGAUAUUAUUAAUAUUGCACUCAGUACACCUCCUUAAAAAGAACGAGUUUCUUUUCUUACUACUACUUCUUCUCUUGUUAGUUCUAGUCAUUCAUCAUUUAAAUCACAAUAAAUUUCUAAACUACAAAUACCCAAACCUUCAUUAAGUCAAUAUGUAAAUUUGAAGCAUUAUUGUGCUCAUUUGGUAUCAUAUAGUAAUUAUGAGACUUUAAAUUAUUAAUGCCUGAUGAAGGGAGCAUUAUCAAUUAAAAAUUACUUACCUAGGAACUAAUUGAAAUGAGGUUUAUAUUAGAUUAAGAUUAAGAUUAAAAUUAAAUUUAUUCUUAACUACAACCAUUCGAUUAAAACUUAGAUAUUUUAGAGCAAAAUGUAUUUUUUGUUCCUUAUAAUAGAUAUUGAAUGAUGAUAGAACUACUUUGAUGCUAAAGAAUAUACCUAAAUACAUGAAACCAAAUGAUCUAAGAAAUCUCCUCACCAAAGACUUUUAAUCUUAGUUUGAUUUUCUCUAUUUGACCUCUAAUAAUAAUGUAUAUAGCUAAAUUCUAUAAUUAGAAAGAAUGUAAUUUAGGUUAUGCUUUUUUUAAUUUUAUUUAUCCAGAGAAAGUAUUAAUUUUUUUUAAGAAAUACAUUAUAGUUUAGUAUCUAAAUUCUUUGAAUUUACAUCUACUUUUGAUCUUUUUAAAUUAAAAUUAUUUUUAUAUCCUAAUAGUUGA